UCCCGGGGGAGGAGCCAAUGGGUGGCGGGCGGAGCCGCGGGCUGGGCGCAUCUGCUGGUCUACCUCCCACCCACACUGCAGCCGCCAGCCUGAGCCAUGGGGCGCCUCGUCCUGCUUCUACUCCUGGCUUUCCUGAUGCCCGGGCUCGCCAUCCCCGUGCCGCCAGCACUAAAGGCCCUCAGCAACCUGCACUUGUCCACCAGCUUUACAUCCCGCCCCUCUGUAGUCAUGAAGUACUCGAUUCACUACAUUGAGCAGAAGAUUGAUCAUUUUGGAUUUAAGAAUGAUAAGACUUUUAAUCAGCGGUACCUAAUAGCUGAUCAACACUGGAGGAAAGAGGGUGGAUCAAUACUUUUCUACACUGGUAACGAAGGGGACAUUAUCUGGUUUUGCAACAAUACGGGGUUCAUGUGGGAUGUGGCUGAGGAACUGAAAGCUAUGUUGGUGUUUGCUGAACAUAGAUACUAUGGACAGUCUCUACCCUUUGGUGCCGACGCAUUCCGGGAUUCCAGACACUUGAAUUUUCUGACAUCGGAACAAGCUCUAGCUGAUUUUGCAGAGUUAAUCAAACACUUGAAAAGGACAAUUCCAGGAGCUGAAAAUCAACCUUUCAUUGCCCUGGGGGGCUCUUAUGGUGGCAUGCUUGCAGCCUGGUUCAGGAUGAAAUAUCCUCAUAUCGUGGUUGGAGCUCUUGCAGCCUCUGCCCCUAUCUGGCAGUUUGAAGAUAUAGUACCUUGUGGUGUAUUUAUGAAAAUUGUAACUAAGGAUUUUAAGAGAAGUGGCCCAAAUUGUUCAGAGAGCAUCCAAAGGUCCUGGGAUGCCAUUAAUCGACUCACAAGAAAUGGUACUGGCUUGGAUUGGCUUUCUGAAGCCCUUCACUUAUGUACACCAUUAAAAAAUGCUCAUGAUGUUCAGCAUUUGAAAGAUUGGAUCUCUGAAACCUGGGUAAAUCUGGCAAUGGUGGACUACCCUUACGAAUCUAACUUUUUACAGCCUUUGCCUGCUUGGCCAAUCAAGGUGGUGUGCCAGUAUUUGAAAAAUCCCAAUUUAUCUGAUAAAAAGUUGCUGCAGAAUAUUUUCCAAGCUCUGAAUGUAUAUUACAAUUAUUCAGGCCAGGCGAGAUGCCUGAAUAUGUCAGAGACAUCAACUAGCAGUCUGGGAACCCUGGGUUGGAGCUAUCAGGCCUGCACAGAAAUCGUCAUGCCCUUUUGUACCAAUGGUAUUGAUGACAUGUUUGAACCUCAUCCGUGGGACUUGAAGGCAUUUUCAGAUGAAUGUUUUAAACAGUGGGGUGUGAAACCAAGGCCCUCCUGGAUCACUUCUAUGUAUGGAGGCAAAAACAUCAGUUCCCACACGAACAUCAUUUUCAGCAAUGGUGAUCUAGACCCCUGGUCAGGAGGUGGAGUAACCAAGAACAUCACAAACACCUUGGUUGCCAUCAUUAUCCCAGAGGGGGCCCAUCAUCUAGAUCUCCGAGCCAACAAUGCCUUUGACCCUAUGACUGUGCUAUUAGCCCGCACCUUGGAAGUUAAAUACAUGAAGCAGUGGAUUAGAGAUUUCUAUGCCUCUCCGAGGAAGAAGCACUGAGCAACUUUUGAUCAUUUUCAGUUUCUUUUAUGUUCAUUCCACCCACAUUCCCAUUCAUUUUGGUUUUCUACGCAUAUCUACUUUCCCUUUUUUAUCAUUAGAUUUGGUGGGGCAAAAAUUUGAGAUAGAAGAGAGGGUGAUGGUGGUGACAGCAGCCACCCCACACCCCAGGUUCUAGCCAUCUUUGCACCUCACCUCUUCCAGGAAGAAUUUUUUUGUGACAGCUGUCCCUCACUAUCAGUGGCCCUCAUAACUGGAGCAGAGUUCCUGACUGCCUUUCACAAGAGUUAGAGUCAGUUCCUUUGUUUCUCUGCAAGAAGGGAUUUCUUUUGCUUUUGAGACAAGUCUCUGGCUCAUUUAUUAUUCCACACCCCUGCCCUCCCAAAAGAGAAAGCAGAAAAUAGAUAAAAAUGAUGUAAUUGCAGCUGAUAGGAAGGGUGUCCGAUGCCAAUCCAGGAUAUAGGAGCUGUUUCUUUUGUACUUGAUUUACAGGCUUUGAACUGUGCUGUAAAUAAAGAAUAAGGCUGGACCUUA